AUGGAAGUUUCCGGCGUUGUUCUCCGACAAAUUCCGUCUGUUUCAAGCUCCAUCGUCGCCGAUGGUCGUUACUCCGGUCUCCGAUCUGAAAUUUCCGGGUUUGGUCUUGAUCCUGAAGCUGGUUUAGUUGCUGAGAUUCAGAACAAAACGAUCUCGGAAGCAACAGAGAUUUUGGUUAAGCAGUUAGAACAGUUGAAAACAGAGGAGAAGCUAUUGAAGAAACAGAGGAAAGAAGAAAAGGCUAAAGCUAAAGCUAUGAAGAUGAUGGAUUCUUCUGAGUCAUCUUCUUCUUCGUCUGAAUCGAGUGAUAGUGAUUGUGGUAAAGGAAAAGUUGUUGACAUGAGUUCUUUUAGAAACAAGGCUGAAUCGGUUCUUGAGCCGUUACAAGCGGAAGGUAAUGUAGCAACACUUCCUAAGAAAGCCGAAGGAGAUGCGAAUUCUUGCAAGAAAACUGUUGAAGCAUUGGAGCUUGCUUUGAUGCAAACAUCUACUGUUUUUCCUUCAAUGGCUAAUCCUGGACAGAUAUCGAAGACGGUAGAAGCGGUUUCCGUGGUUGGAUUGCCAUUGAAGAGAGUAGAAGUUUGUAUGGGAGGAAAAUGCAAGAAAUCAGGAGGAGGUUUGUUGUUGGAUGAGUUUCAAAAGGCGAUGACGGGUAGGGAAGGAACCGCUGUGGCUUGCAAAUGCUUGGGGAAGUGUCGAGAUGGACCAAACGUUAGAGUUAUGAACGAGACUGAUGCGGUAAUGACUGAUUCAGUUAGGACACCGUCCAAGACCGUUUGUGUAGGAGUUGGGUUGCAAGAUGUUGAAGCUAUUGUGACAAGUUUUUUGGGUGAAGAAUCCAGCAGAGAAGGACUUGAUUAUGUCGCAUAUUGA